AUGGCUUCGGAAAUGGUGAAGGCGGCGACGAGCGAGAAGCUCAAGGAGAUGGACUGGGCCAAGAACAUCGAAAUCUGCGAGCUCGUCGCUCAGGAUCCGGGGAAAGCGAAGGAUGUGAUCAAAUCUAUAAAGAAGUGUAUAGGAAGCAGGAGCAAGAAUGCUCAACUUUAUGCUGUCAUGCUGUUGGAGAUGCUCAUGAAUAACUGUGGAGAGCCUAUCCACAAGCAGGUCAUUGAUAAUGGGCUUCUUCCGAUACUUGUCAAAAUAGUGAAGAAAAAGACGGAAUUGCCACUUCGGGAAAAGAUAUUUCUUUUGUUAGAUGCGACCCAAACAUCCCUUGGUGGAGCUAAAGGAAAGUUCCCCCAGUACUAUGAGGCAUAUUAUGAAUUAGUGUCUGCUGGUGUGAAGUUUUCGAAUCGUCCAAAUGUUGUCAUUACACAAGUACACAAUCCUGUGCCAGAAACAAUAACCGAACCGAAUAAGGACAAUCUAUCUAGCAGAUCGAAUGGUGUUCAACAGGAAGCUAACGUGCAGCUUGUUUCUGACACGAGUAUAAUUCGGAAAGCAUCCAGUGUCAUGGAAGUUCUCAGGGAUGUAUUAAAUUCCAUGGAUCCUAGACAUCCUGUGGGAGCAACAGAUGAGUUUGUGUUGGAUCUUGUAGAGCAAUGUACUUUUCAAAAGCAACGAAUAAUGCAUCUGGUUAUGACAUCAAGGGAUGAAGUGGUGGUAUCGCAAUGUAUAGAAUUGAAUGAGGAGCUGCAGAAGGUUCUUGUACGGCACGAUACACUGCUUUCAGUUCACCCAACUGCGACGACAGUGCCAUCUAAUCUCAAGGAGGACGAGGAGGAAGAAGAUGCUGAAAGUCUAUACCGGAGACUGCGGAAGGGGAAGGCUUUAUCGCAAGACCACAUAGACGAGUCCAUGCCAUCGUUUCGAUCUAUACCCGAGGAGAAGAUGCGCCGCCCGCUCACCAUCCAGACACCUCUCCCUGACAGGAAACCCACUGCACUGAACAUCCGCUCACCAGACCACCCGGAGGCGAGGCCUGACCCUGCUGUCUUGAUUCCGCCGCCACCCGCCAAGCAUGCCGAGAGGGAGAGGUUCUUCCGUGAGAAGAGCAUGGACGGCGGCGUCAACCUGCCUGGCCACCUCAGGGGCCUUUCAUUGCAGAGCAGCCGGGACGGCAGCAGCUCGUGCAGCGGCAGCACGGAUUACGGCGACUGA